CUUGUGAUGACGUCAUGUCAUGAAUAUUAACGUCGCUUUUCUGGUUGUCUUGCAGUGCCUGGUACCUUGUGUCAGCAUCUCAUCUGCCUUCUGUGUUCGGCAAUCAAGCGGGCUCGCCUAGGAAGUACAGGGGAUGGAUGAUUUGCAAAUAUUGAGUCUGCCCAGAUGACACCAUGAACCCCGCCGCAAGCGGCGCUGCUGAUUCUCGCUGCCAGUCAGACAAUAGCAACAGAAAACCACACCGGGCUUCGUCUCCAGCUAGAUUCAGAGACGGGGCGUCCAGAUUAGCCACCAAAGCCUCGGCGAUCUCUAAAUGUGUCGCCGCCAAACAGGGGCCGAAAAACAACCGCAACUGUAACCAGGCGACGGCGUCGAGCAGCAGGGAAAAGCUCUCGCCGAAAGGUGCGGCAGCUGUCCCCCCGGCUGGUGCUGAAACUAAUGCUUCGGGUACGUGCAGGGCGGAGGCUAGCAAGAAAACAGAGGACCGUAAUAACCAUCUGGCCGAAACCCGGCACACGGAUGCAAACUGUACCACAGCAGAUUUCAGCCGAGUAGUUGCCGACCAGCCCGGCUGCUCCCCCAGAGCGUCGAAAGGGAGAGCGAGAAAUCCGAGGAGCGGAGCGGACGGGCCCGGGAGCGGCGGCAAACAGAGCAGUAAGACUUCGGUGGGCUGUGGGCCCGGGUUCUGGAAAGAGGGAUGCCUGCAAUCUGAAUUGAUUCAGUUUCACAUAAACAAAAGGCUGAAGAAAGGUGGUAAAAUGCACACCAAAACAGCGAACGUCCAGGCUCCGGAGCCGCAGUUAGAGGUUUCUCCAGAGGGCAUCAACAUGGAGAAUGUGACACAGCAAGAUCAGAGCCUCGAAAACGAAAUAGAGAGGCUGAUGGAGGAAAAUGAAGAACUCAAGAGCGAAAUCGAGGAGAUGCGGACGGAAAUGGACGAAAUGAGAGACACCUUCUACGAGGAGGACGCCUGCCAGCUGCAGGACAUGCGUCGCGAGCUGGAGCGGGCCAACAAGAACUGCCGGAUCCUGCAGUACCGCCUGCGAAAGGCGGAGAGGAAGCGGCUGCGGUACGCGCAGACCGGGGAGGUGGACGGCGAGCUCUUGAGGAGCCUGGAGCAAGACCUGAAGGUGGCAAAGGAUGUGUCGGUGAGGCUACAUCACGAACUGGAGAAUGUGGAAGAGAAACGUACAAAAACUGAGGAAGAAAAUGAGAAGCUUCGACAGCAACUGAUUGAAGUGGAGGUCACUAAGCAAGCUCUGCAGAAUGAACUUGAAAAAGCCAAAGAACUGUCACUGAAAAGAAGAGGAAGCAAGGAUUUACAGAAGUCAGAUAAAAAGAACGUGCAGACCCCAACAGAGGAAGACAAUGAAGACUUAAAAUGUCAGCUUCAGUUUAUAAAGGAGGAAGCUACCCUGAUGAGAAAGAAGAUGGCAAAAAUUGACAAGGAGAAGGACAGGCUGGAACAUGAGCUUCAGAAGUACCGCUCUUUCUAUGGUGACCUGGACAGCCCACUGCCGAAAGGUGAGGCAGGAGGUCCCCCGACCACAAGGGAGGCAGAGCUCAAGCUUCGUCUGAGGCUGGUGGAGGAGGAGGCCAAUAUCCUCGGCAGGAAGAUUGUGGAACUAGAGGUGGAGAACAGGGGCUUGAAAGCCGAGCUGGAUGACCUACGGGGCGAUGAGUUUGCGGGGGCCGUCAACCCUUCCUUUCGGGAGCAGAGCGAGUCGAUCUCCGAGCUGCGGCAGCAGCUGCAGCUCGUGGAGGACGAGGCCGAGCUCCUGAGGCGAAACUUGGCCGACCUGGAGGAGCAGAACAAGAAGAUCACUACAGAGCUCAACAAGCUCAAGUACAAGGCUGGCUCGCACGAGAGCUCCCGGCACACGGACAGCGCCAAGACGGAGGCCCUCCAGGAAGAGCUCAAGGCCGCCAGGAUGCAGAUUAAUGAGCUCAGUGGGAAAGUCAUGCAGCUGCAGUACGAAAACAGGGUCCUGAUGUCCAACAUGCAGCGCUACGACCUGGCCUCCCACCUGGGGAUCCGGGGGAGCCCUCGAGACAGCGACGCGGAGAGCGAUGCCGGGAAAAGAGAAAGUGACGACGACUCCCGCCCCCCUCACCGGAAGCGAGAGGGGCCAAUUGGUGGGGAGAGCGACUCGGAGGAAGUACGCAACAUCCGCUGCCUGACGCCCACCAGGUCCCUUUACUCUGCUGAGGGCCGUUUCUUGCCCAAAAACUUUAAAGACCGCCAACAGAUGAUCGAUAUCCGCAUGGAAGCCGAGCGGCUCAGCAGGACUAUAGACCGGUUAAUUUCCGACACCAGUACCAUCAUAGCCGAGGCCAGGAUCUAUGUGGCCAACGGGGAUCUCUUCGGCAGGAUGGACGAGGAGGAUGACGGUAGCAGGAUACGAGAGCACGAGCUGCUCUACAGAAUCAAUGCGCAGAUGAAAACCUUCCGCAAGGAGCUACAGAGUUUUAUAGACAGGCUGGAGGUCCCGAAAUCUGACGACAGGGGAGCCGAGGAACCUCUGUCUGUAAGUCAGAUGUUUCAACCUAUUAUUUUACUUAUUCUCAUUCUCGUCUUAUUCUCCUCACUUUCCUAUGCCACCAUAUUCAAAUUGGUCUUUCUGUUUACACUUUUUUUUGUCCUGUAAAUCCCAUCUCCUUUAGUGUAGUGCUGUUUUGUUUUUUUUGUUUGUUUUAUUUAUUUUCAACACGUCACCAAGGUUACACGAAGUACAGGAAAUAUUGUUUUUGCAUGGGCCACCGCUCUACAACCGAUUAUAUGCUUAUGAAUAACACUGGAGACUGCAAACUUUA